CUAGCAAGUAAAUGCAAAAUUUAAUCCCUUCAGCCUGUUGUGGUUAUCAACCUAAUCCCACAAUUCUCGCUGGAUCUCUGGUUUUCCCUUUCCAUGCAAAUUCCAGAAAAAGGCCAUAGUUGCAGCAGACUCUUUUCUAAUGAUCAACCGAAUUUAGAUGAUAUUCCCUUGGUUCCUUUUGCAUGUCCUUCCUCCUUCAUGGGUUGUGGUGUAUCAAAGUUCGACAUUGCAGACGACGGAGAAGCCGCCUCCUCCCAAACCCGUCGAUUCAGGCCUGUUCAUCCAAGGAAUGAUCGUGCUGUGGUGGACAGUAGCCUCUUUUGCAAGCCGUUGCCUGAAGGUGGCAAAGAAGGAGAGCAUGCGGUGGGUGAGAUUCAAGAAAUCAAUGUGAAGAAGGAAAAUUCUGCGGCAAAAGGAGGGAUCCAAAUGGAAAAGGUUAAAAAGGAGGAGGCCUGUGAUAAGGAAGAUUGCAAGGAGGACGACUGUGGUUUUUAUCCUAGAUCGCCAAGUUUCAGGGAAUAUUGCAUUUUAUCUGAGUCUGAUGGUGACAACAGUGAAGAGAGCGUAGAAAUUUUUUGCUUGGAAGAUGCGAGGCACACGAAAAUGAUAAAGAAGCAUGAUCUUCCUAUUGACUUAAUUCCUGAAACUGGUGAUAGUGCUGCAGGGAAAUUGAAGGACAAACGACAGAGGAAUGUUCGAAAUAGCAACAAGGGAUCAAGAACUCGAUUAGGGAAGAGAGAAAGGAUAGGAAAAGGAAUUAGGACUGGUUCAGCAAAAGUAAAAAGAAUUUUAAGAGUCUGAUUCUACAAUAAUCUAAACCAAUCCUUAUGGUCACAGCAUCAACAAGCUUGUUUGCAAGGGUUGCUUGGUAAUCCUAGAAGAAAGGAAGACCAUUUUAAUCCUGAAUUUAGAGCUUCCAUCUGCCUGUGUUUUUUCCCAUCCCCUUCAGCUCUGGAAGGAACAAGAUAGAGCAGGAAAAUUGACUUGUGACCUCUGUAUUUUCUUGAUUAGAUGCAAACUAUAUUUCUUCA